UUUUUCUAAUAUAUGAAUAAUAAUCUAUUAUCAAAUUUUAAUUACGGAAGAAAUUUCUCUUGAUAAUAUAAAAUGUCAACGGCAAAAAAAAUGUCAAACUUUCAAUGACAAAAACGACAAUUCCAACAUUUAAUAAUGUUACCAUCAAGUUUAUCUGGAGAAAAUUUUACCAUUGGUUUUCGUAAUGUAAGUGAUGAUCUUCCAUUCAAUUGGAUAACAUGGAAUUCGGCCAAAAAAUCCUAUCAAAUUCAACGUGGAAUCGAAAGUCGAUUGAUACAAGAUUUAGCAGAUUAUUUUAAUUUCACAUAUCAUUUGAUUAAUAUAAGAGUUUUUAAUCCUAAAAAUGUAUCACACGAAUCGGUUGUAUCCAGAGUUCAGAAUAAAGAAAUUGAUAUUGGUCUCGGUGGAAUUGCAAUGACAAAUAAACGUAAGCAAUAUGUCGAUUAUCUUUAUCCACAUGUUCUGAGUCAAUAUACAUACAUGAUGGCUAGAAAUAAAGCUCAUUUUAAUUAUGAAAAUAUUAUCCGGCCAUUCGAUACGGAUGUGUGGUUAUCAUUAUUAAUUGUAUUCAUCGUACUGGGCAUUCUUGAUUUAAUUACACGUAUGAUUCAAACAUCAAAUAAUUUGAAUAAACCAACAAAUCUUUUAUGGAUCAGUUUUAAUCUACUUCUUCGUCAACCAUAUCGUCAUCUUGGAUCGAUACCAUUAUCCAGUAAAAUGUUUAUCAUUAUGUGGGCAUUGUGUAUUUCAAUUAUUAUCAGUUUUUAUUGUUGUUUCCUUCUGUCCACAUUAACCACACAAACAUCAAUGAAAUUACAAAAUAUUUAUGAAAUGACAGCGGCAAUAAGUGCCGGUAAAGUAUUGCCAAUUGGUGCAAAUGUAAGCGUUGCACAGCAUGCAUUUUUUUCAUCAUCAUCAUCGAAUAUAAUGGAAUUUCAAGCAAUAAGAGAUAAUUUUCAAUCAACAAAAACAAGAAAAAUGGCUAUAGAAUUAUUGAUGAAUCAGAUAAAAAAUUCGAAUAAAAAACAUUCAUUUCUUGAAAAAAAUAAUGAGAAAAAAAUUGCUGUGCUUGCUUCAAGAGAUUUUCUCCAUUUUGAUCAAUUAAUUAAUGGUCCAGAAUUACUUUAUAUACCACCGCGUAAGCCUGAUUCAUCAUAUUUUACAUUCAUGAUUUCGAUACCGGUACGAACAUCGUUUCCAUAUAAAGAACAUUUUAAUCGAAUAAUUGGAAUCCUACAAGAUGCCGGUAUAUUGAAUCAUUAUCGUUCGGAUAUUGAAACAGAUGAACAUUGGAAACAAAUGGGUAUUAGUAUUAGUAAAGCAAGAAUAAUAAAUAAUCAAGAUUCAGAACGGAAAAAUAAUAAAUAUGAUGAUAAUGAAACAUUUGAUUUUAAACUUGAACAUUUGGAAAAUAUUUUCCGUCUCUAUUUUCUUUGUAAUAUUCUGGCCAUCUUUGUUUGUAUAAUUGAAAUUGAAUUUUUCAUGCAAACAUCUAGAAUCUAGAUUCUAGAUGAAUAAAUUUUAAAAAAUGUAUGAAAAUA